UUUCCAGGGAUGGGGCGGAGUUGUCCGUUAUUAACGGUGGGGAAAUGAAUGUCCAAUCAGGAUGUUCGGUAUGUUCCGGCGCUGGGUCGUAUCCUGACGACGGCAGUGCCCCGCCCCCUCGCUGUCCAUCUGAAGCGGUUACUAAGGAGAGGGGGGGUGGGGGUGAAUUUUUUUUCUCUCCUGCCUCCCGCCCGCUUCCCCCACCCCCCACCUCCCGGCCUCGGCCCCGGCCCUCAGGCCUCCUCCGCUCGGCCGGCAAGCCUCGUCGUUAAGCUCGGUCUGUGUGCUUGUUGGCGGCCAGGUGGUUCCAUUUAAUCGUUUUUAUUUUAUUUCAUAUUUGUUGUUGUUGUUGUUGUCGUUGCGCGCGCGGCUCAGCCCCUCACUCUGUUGCUGUCGAGACUAUGUGGAAAUUACAGGAUGCCCAGUGGAAAGAAAUUUAAACCCACCAAAUACAUACCGGUGUCGACAGCCGCCGCUUUGCUUGUUGGUGCUACCACCUUAUUCUUCGUCUUCACGUGUCCUUGGCUAACAAAAGAAAUCUCUCCAGCAAUUCCAGUCUACAAUGGACUCCUGUUUCUGUUUGUUUUGGCAAACUUCAGCAUGGCAACAUUUAUGGAUCCUGGAGUAUUUCCACGAGCUCAUGAGGAUGAGGAUAAGGAUGAUGACUUUCGAGCUCCACUCUAUAAGAACGUGGAAAUCAAAGGAAUCCAAGUACGGAUGAAAUGGUGUGCGACAUGUCAUUUUUAUCGGCCACCGCGAUGCUCUCAUUGUAGUGUGUGUGACAAUUGUGUUGAGGAUUUUGAUCAUCACUGUCCAUGGGUAAACAAUUGCAUUGGGCGAAGAAACUACCGUUACUUCUUCCUCUUCCUCCUCUCCCUUAGUACACACAUGAUUGGUGUUUUUACCUUUGGACUGAUUUAUGUAUUAAAACAUAUAGAAGAACUUGCUGCUCCACACACUGCCAUCACCAUGGCUGUUAUGUGUAUAGCAGGUCUUUUCUUCAUUCCUGUUGUAGGUCUUACAGGAUUUCAUAUGGUUUUAGUCGCCAGGGGACGGACAACAAAUGAACAAGUAACUGGUAAAUUUCGAGGUGGUGUAAAUCCAUUCACCCGAGGAUGCUGUGGUAAUGUGGAAUAUGUAUUAUGUAGUCCUUUAGCUCCAAGGUAUGUGGUCGACUAUAAAAAGAAAGAGUUGAUAACAAUAAAAUCCCCUUUUGUCAGACUUCCAUUGUCUGAAAGACAAAUUGCACUCAAGGUAAAUGACAAUGGAAUUCAGGACAAUCUGAAAAGGACCAAGUCUAAAGGAAGUUUGGAAGCUUUGGAAGUUCCAUCAACAGAUAUCGAGCCUCCACUCCCACCUAAACUUGGUUCAAGCAAAUAUGCAAAUCUUAAGAAUCAGCUCACCGCUUCAACUAAUGAAGAUAGUGGUCUCUCAUCCAAGCCCAUCAACCCACCCACUCCUGCCAUGUUUAAGUAUCGACCAACAUUCAGCAGUUCAGAUGCAAACCCCAAAGUCCUCUACCAUGCUGCUAGUGAUAAGAUUUCCACGCAGGAGGGACAUAAAGAGGGAGCUAUUAUGGAAGAGUGCAGCAGGGCCCAUGAUUACAGGUCCGAGCCAAAUCUCGAUAUUCCUGACUACAGAUCGCCAUCACUUCACAAGACGUACCAGUCAUCCCCCUUCCAACUUGAUUCACUCUCUGUUAAUUCUCGUUCUCUGAGCCUGAAAUCUGCCCACAGGAAAGGAACAGAUAAGGUUCAGAUACACCAAAUGAAGUCUGAUGGCUCAUCCCCCAAUCCAUACAAAAACAUUUUUGGUCCAAAUUCAUUGUCCAACAAGAAUGGAAGCCUGUCGUACGAUAGUUUGUUGAAUCCCACCACUACACACCCUGGGGUAGAUACCACUGUACAUACUGGAGUGUCAGGUGUGGGAUACCAUUCACCAUACCUGUCGGCCAAAAUGUGCCAGAUCCGAGGGGUGAAUUUCCAGCGCCAGCCUGUGCAAGGUUACAGCCCCAAUCAUAGAGCCUCACCACCGCACCAACGGGAACCUUCACCUGUCCGAUAUGACAACCUCUCGAAGCAAAUCAUGGCCUCCAUUCAGGAGCGGAAGGCAAUGGAAGAAAGAGGGCAACUCCUUCGACCCUCACCUGAUUCAGUGUUUCUAGAUUCAGGGGCACAUGACACACCUGGGUCAUAUAACCUACAGCAAGUGAACACUUUACCGGAUGACUCGAGAAGGACAACCACUGGUAGAUAUGGUUCACGAGAUAAUCUUCUGUCUCCCGGCAACUACAGCACAAGGAACCCUGUAAUGCGCACAUCCGCUUCCUCCCUCUCGAGCACGGUGUCAAGGGUAACAAGGACUUCGACAAGUUCCCUUCAUGCAGAUAUAGCAAACAACAAUGUGCAGUCCCACCACACUUUGCAAAACAGAGCUGUUGAGACUUCAUACAGGUCUCCGGGUCAUCAAAUCACAUCUUCCUCAUUAGUCAGGUCCCCCUCCUAUGGGAGCCAAAAGCCUCUGUCCUUCGUCACUGCUAUGGAAAUGUCAGAAGGUGUGCCUCAGCCUCUGAUUACCCCCUGUGAUGAGGUUCAGAUGAAGGCAGCUCACAGCAAAUUUAAUGGACAGCCAAAACGUUUAUCCAGGAUGGAUAGCCGGAUAAGCUCAACUUCUAGUUCCCAUGGUGCUAUGGUCAGUCCCACCAGGCAGCCCAACGUGAAAAAAGUGUCGGGUGUAGGUGGGACCACCUAUGAGAUCUCGGUGUGAACAGCCAUCAACCACGGCAGCUGUAAAGCUGGAUGCACUGUGAAGACUAUCGCAGCAGCUGUGUGUUAUUUUUUGCCCAACAAGCUGCAGCCUUAUUUCUCUAGAAAUAGUUUUACAACAAGUCCGAAACAUGGUUUCAAUUCAGGGCAGGCCCACUGCAAACGUUUUAUUUUGUCAUUUUAUUUUCUCUUUUGCUCCAGAAAGUGAUUUUUUAAAAUCCUUUAUCAUAGAAAGGAUGUACAGUUUUUGUUGAAACUGCCAUUGUACACUUACCUAUCCGUUGGAAUCUUGUGUAAAAUUUUGUGCUGUGAUGGUUUAAUAGUAACCUGGACUUCUGUAAUGAUUUUAUGAUGAAGAGUUUUAGUCUGGCCUGCCAAUCAAACCUGUUAAUACUAGCUUGACAAAUGUAAUACUUUUUAUUUUGUGUUAAUAGAUGUAGGCACAAUUGUGUGGCACCAAAGCUUGUUGGUUCCCUUCCUUCUCAGGAGGAAGUGAUGCUCCUACAUCAGCCAAACGAUGUUUUAAAACUCUGUCCUCUAGGAGACUUUAUGCCAUUAGACAACCUAUCAGAUAUCCUUGUAUGUGAGUAUAUGUGCGUGUGUGCACCUGUGUGUCUAUUAGAGCUUGUUUGGAAAAGUUAAAGGGAGAGUGCAUUGUUAUAAUGCUUCAAACCUCAAAGCUUUAAGAAUGUUCGAUAAUACAAAUUAUUAAAGUGUUAAAGUUUCCUGUCAGUAAUGAAAUGUUGGAAUUGACAGUGUAUAUAAUUUCAUAGAUUUCUAGAAGAGGAGUUGAUCUGUGCUAAGACUAAUGAUGAAAAAGUAUUGUAAAUAAGCAAAUUGGCUGUUAUUCCAUCUCUUGACUGGUGAGGUUUCAGAGUUCAGGCUGUUUUCACACUGCUGCAAAGUAAUGGAAUAUGAGAUAUUUGCACUCUUGUGUCGCAUAUAGUACAUUUUUCAUUUUUAUCAUGGUUUUAAGGAACUGCUGAGGUUAAGUUAAGUUAUUUCCUCCACAUCUCUCAUAAUAUUGGUCUAGGACUGGGAAAAAUUUCACCAUUCUCUGCCUAGAAUGACAGCUAGGCUUUAGUUUGCUAAAGAGGGAGGAGAAAAUCCAUUUAAUAUCAACUUUUUUAAGUGUGAUGUUUCAUGUAUUAUUUUAAUUGCAAGGAAAGAUCUCAAAUAUGUGUCUAACAUGACUUUUUAAACUAACAUCAAAUGUCUGAUGCAGUGAAAUUAGCCACUUAAAAUGGACCCUGGUUUACUAAUGUCAAGAACCUUGAGGAUGCAAAUAUUUUUAGUUUUGAUUCAGAUCUUUUCAUUCUUUGUUUUGGUCCUCUUGACUUAACAUCAGCAGGUCUGAUAUAGAUCUGUGGAAUUAAAUGUGUCAGAUAUUUGCACUGUUUGCAGUGAGAUGAAACAAUCUUUAAUUCUCAGGUUUAGUUUGUUUUGGCAUAAAAGCCCCAUAGUGGCUCAUGUAAGCCUCUCAUUGGCUGUUUGGAAAGAACAUUGCACAUGUUGCAUCUCUGUCAUGUAUAUCUUGGAUAUCAUUAAGCUUCAUACCAUCAGGGCCAGGAGCACUUUUGGAAACAAUCAUGGUGAUGUUAACUUCACCUUCCUCUAUAGGUCUCAUCAGAAGAUCCAUAUGCCUCUGCUUAGUGUAUGAUUUAAAAUUUAUUUAUUAAGAUUGGCUUUCCUUGUUAUGAAUUAAUAAAUACCCUUUCUAGUCCCAUUUUAGAUAUGGGCUAGAGAGUAAUAACAGGGGCCUCCACAACUUGAUGAGCAAGUUGUCUUCUAUUAUUUUUAUAAAGUAAUUGAGUCUCCUUAAACCAAGAUUUCUUUACUGAAAAUAGUUUUCUUGCUCCACAAAAAUAUUCACCGUUUAUAGUUAUUAAGAAAGGAAGGAAUGAAGAGAGGAAUGUAAAUUAAUAGCUUUCUUGCUAUUACAUUAAAAUUUGAGUUCAAAAGGCUUACUCAGCCCAUCAAGCGUGUUCUUUUUGAAAAUCAAUCAACUAUUUUGUUUCUCUCAUCACUGGCUCUCUUGCAAAACAAAGUAAAAAUUUAUUUUAAACACGUUGCAGAAUCGACAUCAGGUUUUAAUUUAUUCCAUAAAUUUAAGCCUCCAAGUUAGUCCUUCACCUUCAUUGCACUAACUUUUUUUCUCUUGGCUUUGUUGUACCAUAGUUAGUUUGCUUUAUGAUCCCACAACACUGGAUCUGUCUCGUUUUGGUACCCUUCGUUAUUUUAAAUGCCAGAUUAAUGUCGUUCUGGGGUUUGACUUUUUAAUUUCAACUCCCUUGCCCUUCCAUUUCCUCCCCACCCCACCCCCAAUAGGAAAGUGAAUGCAAUUGAUCAAAGAAUCAGAAAUGUGAACAAAACUACAAUUAGUCCAGCACCUCAUAAUCCAGUUUGGCUUGAAUCAUUGUUCCAUUAGAAGCCUAAAAUCCUGGAAUUGACCCAUCCGUUGCCUCUGGUAUUCCAUAUUGUAUAGCAUUUUUUAAAAAAUUCCAACAGAUAAAGGAUUAACUAUUUUGCAUGUAAAAAUAAGCUAAAGCCAAAUAUUUACAAUUUAAGGACUGUGUAAUAUCUUGCAUCUUUCAAUGUCAGUUUCUACCUACCAAUGUCAUUUAGUCUAUGUAAAGUUCGUUGAAUGUUAUUUCUGCAGAACCUUUAGUUUUUCCACUCAAUUUUGUAUAAUCUGUACAAUUGACAUUGAACUCCCUCCUCGUCUCCUGCUCAAGAUCAGCGUAGCAACUAUUGUGACAGAUCUCCUCCCACUAACUGUUGCAACUCAGUUGAAAAAUUCCAAUUGCCAAGCCUUGUGGAACUUGGAUGAUUAUGAAACAACAACAAGAGAUUUUGCAAAAUUUCCUCCAACCACAAAUGUAUCAUCAACUUUUGAAAACCUCAAACUUAAAAAAGCUUUGUAGAGGGAUAAGAGAUAGGUGGCAUAGUCAACUGGCUAAAUAAUGGCAUGUAAGCAUCUUAUAUUUAUAUUGCUUUUAUUUUAAAUUCUUUUAAAUCAAUAUGCAAUUCUAAAACUGCCUGUGAAUUGUGCCUAUAAACUAGCAGUUCUGGUCUAACCUGUUUCUUAGAGACUGUAAUAUUUUUUUAAAAAUUAUUUAUGGGAAGUGGAUGUCACUGGCUGAGCCAGCAUUUAUUGCCCAUUUCGAGUUCACCUUGAAGGUGGUGGUGAGCUGCCCUUUUUGAACUCCUAUAGCUCAUUCGGGAUAGGUAGAUCCACAAUGUCAUUUAGGGAGUGAGUUCCAAGAUUUUAACUCCUGAAGGAACGGUGCUACUUUUCCAAGUCAGUGUCUGGUGUGGCUUUGAAGGAAACUUACAGUUAUUCCUGUGUGCCUACUGUCCUAGUCCUUCUGGAUGAAAGUAAUCUUGGAUUUAUAAGGUCCUGUCUAAGGUGCUUUGGUGAAUUUCUGCUGUACACCAUGUAGAUGCUUCCCACUGCUGCUGCUGAGCGUCAGUGGUGGAGGAAGUUAAUGUUGGCAGAUGUAGUGCCUAGCAAGUGAGCUGCUUUGCCCUGGAUGGUGUUAAGCUUCUUGAUUGUUGUCCAAAUGCACCCAUCCUUGCAAG